GAAUGGCUAGACUCCAGAGCUGUUAGCGCGGCGGCGGGCACCGCGGGAAAGCCAUGGCCCGGCGGCGGCGCCGUGCCUGCAUCGCCCUCUUCCUGGUGUUGCUCUUCGCCUUCGGCACGCUCAUGGGGCUGCGCACGCUCAAGGCCCCGGACGGGCUGCCGGCGCUGGGCCCAGGCCCGGAGCUAGCACCGUUCGAGCGGCGUCCCGAGGGGAACCCCGCGCCCGCCCGCGCUCCGGCUGCCCCCGCCGCGCCGCCCCCGCCCCUGCCGCGCACCGCCGCCCCGCGCGCCUCGCUGGGUCCGGUAGAGGCCGAUCCCGCGCCCCGGCAGAGCCUGCGCGUCUACUCCGAUUUGCAUGCCUUUUAUUACUCGUGGUACGGGAGUCCGCGGCGCGAGGGCCACUACAUCCACUGGGACCAUGUCAUGGUGCCGCACUGGGACCCUAAGAUCUCGGCCAGCUACCCGCGUGGCCGCCACAGCCCUCCAGAUGACUUGGGCUCCAGCUUCUACCCAGAGCUGGGGCCUUACAGCUCGCGGGACCCCGACGUGCUACGAGAGCACAUGACCCAGCUCAAAGAAGCUGCCAUCGGAGUUUUAGUUCUCUCCUGGUAUCCUCCUGGCAUGGCUGAUGAUAACGGGGAGCCCACAGAUGACCUGGUACCUGCCAUUCUGGACACUGCCCAUCAGUACAACAUCCAGGUGGCCUUCCAUAUCCAACCUUACAAGGGCCGGGAUGACAUCACUGUCCAUGACAACAUCAAGUACAUCAUUGACACGUAUGGCUCCCAUGGUGCAUUUUACCGUUAUAAGAAUAGCAUGGGCAAGAGCCUCCCACUCUUUUAUAUCUACGACUCCUAUCUGACAUCCCCUGAGGCCUGGGCCCACCUCCUGACGCAAAAUGGGCCUCACUCUAUCCGAAACACUCCUUAUGACGGGGUCUUCAUAGCUCUGCUCGUGGAGGAGAGUCACACCCAUGACAUCCUUGCGGCAGGAUUCGACGGAAUGUACACCUACUUUGCCUCCAAUGGCUUCUCCUUUGGCUCCUCCCAUCAGAACUGGAAAGCUGUGAAGAACUUCUGUGAUACCAACAACCUGAUGUUCAUCCCCAGCGUGGGGCCUGGGUACAUCGAUACCAGCAUCCGGCCCUGGAACAACCACAAUACUCGGAACAGGGUCAACGGCAAGUACUAUGAGACAGCCCUGCAGGCAGCCCUGACUGUGAGGCCAGAGAUAGUAUCCAUCACCUCCUUCAAUGAGUGGCACGAGGGCACGCAAAUCGAGAAAGCUGUCCCCAAGACGACGCCGACUCGCCUCUAUCUGGACUACCUGCCUCACCAGCCCAGCCUGUAUUUAGAGCUGACCCGCCGUUGGGCAGAGCACUUCAUCAAGGAAAAGGAGCAAUGGCUGAUGUGAGGGAAUAGCACCCAAACAAACCUCAACAGAUCACCAAGCUGGUUAAGCUGAGGAUAUAGGCGCUCACUAGUCCCAAGCAGCAACUGGGAGCUUGUGGGUGGACCAGCUAGCUCAUGUAGAACAGAGGCUGGCACUUGGACUGGCAGUGCUGGGAAGCAAGGCAUGAUGAAGUAGAAGUGGCUGCAAUGGCUUAAGGAAGCUCUGUGGCCCUCAGCUUUCAGCUGGGGCAGGUAGUUGUAUAGUGGAGUUGCACAAGCCACUGUGCUUAGAAGGGUCUCAGGGUUCUAAGCUAGCAUGCACCUUACUUCCUUUGGACAGCCACCUUCCCAUAUCUUGCUGAACACAGGGAAUCACAUUUGACACUUCUAGGAGGCCUUUAAGGUCCUUCCAGUCGACUCCUGUGCUCCAUUAUCAGAACAUUGAGCACCUAUAUUCAUUACUAAGCACCUACUAUCUGUCAGGUGCUGGGGAAUUUGAGCAAGGUUUCCUUCCCAAAGCUUACAGGAUCCUGCUUUUGGUAUAACUGUAGCUAGCACCUUGGCUGUUUUUGCUCUUUGCAGCUACACUCAGGCCUGGGAGUUCAGUUAUUUUUCCCUCCGAGAUCAUACCUCUGUGCUCCGGAGCCUUUCCCAGAUGAACAUUUAUUUAGCUGCAGAGGGGACUAGGUCACUCUUUUCAGCUGUCUAGGCUGGGGAGGCCACUCACUAGGGCCACUUUCAGUGCUACUGUGAUUUGUAUUAAAUAUGAAAUGGUGUGUGCCAGUACACAUUCCUCUUGCAGCCCUCAUAAAUGCUGACCACUAGGUCAGUCUGGGACAAAUAAGUGUAUGGCUAGGCUGGCUAGCUUUAGCACAGUGGAGAUGGAUCUGCUUAAAAGACUAGUUUACAUAAGAUUACUAAGAAGUUAACAAGCCAGUGCUUACUUACAAAUAAACUAAUGCUACUUGCAAGGAUCCUUGUUAAAGAAAAACCUGAUGAAUAUUUUCAGCAAGAUUCUUGAAAAGAAAAUGUUCACUGGAACCUAGUUCACUGGAACCCGCUGGACUGGUUUACAGGCUAAAGCUGAGCCAUUAACUCUGGGAAAUGGGAACAGAUGGAGGGUGAGGUGGAAUACUGGCAUUAAGGAUAACCAGCCCAGUAACUGACACUAAGCCCCACCUGACAGAUCAGCUGGGCUGAGCACCCAGCUCGUAGCUUCGUUGAAGGGCUGGAUUCAAGCCGUGGUAACUUUAUUCCACGCACAUAUACUGUGGAUGUGGCAAGGCAGCAGGAAGGAGCAGGCAUCCUCAGUGAAACUUAACUCAGAUUUUCUGAGGCUAAUCUACAUCAACAGCCAUAAUGCACACAUAUAUAUUGACCGAGAAAUCCUACCCUAAGGAAAUAGUUCAAAAGAAAAAUAAACCAUUUACAACUGUUUGUAGAAGCAAUAUUUAAUAACAAAAAAAUACAGCUCAAAUACCCGAAAAAUAAUUAUGUUAAAUACUUGGUAGGCAUAUGAACAAAGACAAAAGGCUUCUGCAUAAACAAUGAAGCUAAAUAAAUUACACAAAGAACUAUACCAAUAAAUAAGAAAGUCACUGGCUGAAAACAGUCAACAUUUUAUUUUUCAAUAUUUCACUUGGGACUCCUAGAAUCACUUCCCCCAAAUGACCACUCCCCUGUACCCAGAAAGCUAUGGCCUGGGCUCCUAGACUUUGCUGCACUGGUCCUACCACUUCUAGACUGCAUUAGUGCUUCCCACUGGUUUGACACCAAAUGUCACUGUUUCCUGGAAAGCAGCUAUUAAUGCAUUCUAAUUCUGUACUCAAGUUACUUAACUUAAAGGGGGUGGCGGUGAGAGGGGGCACUUAAAAUAAUAAGCCCACUCUAAGAAUGUUCUUCCCUCCCUUCAAUUCUUGGUUGACAAAUCAAUCUACAGAUAUAUCCUUCCCCUGGGUGCAAGGCUCACCCUGCAGCUUCUGGCUGGCCUACAAGACUCAGCGCCAAGGAUGCUGCCUAAAAAGGUAGGCUAUAGACGUAGCUCCAGGACCUCAGCCAAUGAGGCUUUGUCAACCAGUAGCAGACACAUAGUAUCCAGCAUGGUCCUUGGGUCCUCCCAAAUUUCAUGAACAGGACCCCCGUGAAGGGAGCAGCCCAUAUUUCUGCUGGAGGAUGGCUGUGGUGUUUUCCAGGGCACUGAGGAAGAUAGAAGGUAGUUAGAGUUUGACUUCUCAGGGGACCGAGCCCACCAAAGCCUGAGUAGCCUAAUUGUGAUUACUGCCUCUGCCUCUCAAGUGCUGGGAUUAACGGCAUGCUACCACAGUGGCUCUUUCUUUUCUUUUCUUCUUCUUCUUCUUUUUUUUUUUUACUGUCUCAUUGUUAAAUAUACUUGAUGAAUCCUAAAAAGCCAGCAAACCAUACAAGCAAAUUUAGUCCCAGCCCACUUACCACCUCUCUGUGGUGGCCCUUAGUAGCCCCAACCAAUGCAAAAUGGUAAUGAAGAUAUGUCUUUGUUGUUAUUUUUUGCUUUAAAGACAGGGUUUCUAUGGGUAGCCCUGGCUGUACUGGAGCUGCUUUGUAGACCAGGGUAGCCUUGAACUCAUGAGAGAUCUGCCUGCCUCUGUACCUUAAGUGCUGAGAUUAAAGGCGUGCAUUAAUACCGCCUGGAGAAAAUCUGUACUUUAAAGCUUCUCUUUUCUCCAACCUCCCUCACAUAUCCCAAUGGCACAGGAAAGAUACUUACCAGCCUGGGCGAAUAAUGCCAAAUUUUCCAGGUACAGAUAAGUCAACCACAGUAGAGCCGAGGCGACACUCAGGGCUCUGACUAUCCCCAAUUGGUCCCCCAUCAAUGACAAGGGACAAAUGAGGCCAGAGGUCUUGGAACUCCUGAAAAGAAGGUAAGGGCACAUCUGUAUUUUCAUCCUGAGCACACAGCUCACAUGUACACUGAAGCAUCUUCCUUUAAGCAGCAGAGAAGCCUCUUGGUACGGCCAGCUAAGUCAAUCAGCACUCAGGAUCCCACCCUUAGGUAUGUACCCCAUAAAGAAAACUUAAAAGGAGCUCCAAGUACUACAGGGAUGAGGGAGGCUUAGGUCCAAAAAGUGGCAUUUGGGUAUGAGCCCAGUCCUUUCGUAUCUGUGUGAUGCACAUAAAUUACUUCAUUCAGGUCCUAAAGCAAAGCUCUAGCAGCCCGGUCCUAGACCUCAGUGGAAGUUAUGAUCAGAGCACAGAGAAGAAAAUAGGGUGGACUGUGCAACACACGCCACCAGCACUCAGCCCCUGGGCUGUAGGGUGCACUACAGCAGAGCUAGAUUCCUUCUGCUCCCAGGAGAGUCUUCAAUGCAGUUAGGCCAGGGUCUUGGCGACAGGGGAAUUAUAAAUACCAGCUACAAAUCAAACAAAGACCAUGCUGGUACAGGGUUGUUGUCAAGGUAAGAACUAAUUCCUCCCCUGGGAAGAUUCUCAUAUGGGUGUCCACAACCCACAGCUGCCAAGAGCAAAUAAAGCCGACACUGCAUUUCCAAGGCCCCCAGGACUGGUACAGAAAACUCAUCACUUUACUGCACCUAAUGUAAGUGUUGGAAGAGCAGAGCAAAGUUUCUUUGCCUGUUCAUUUGUCCUAAACCACACAGCCAACACAGGAUUACAAUGAUAUUGUCUCAGGCCUAUCUGGCAAGCAAAAAUAAAAUAAGGCCGGGAAUCAAAAAUUAGGUGAGGCCAGGUGUGCUGGUACAGACCCAAAAAUGUGGAGGCCUCAGGAUCCUGAUUUUAAGUUCCAGGCCAGCCUGGGAUACAAGGUGGACCCUGUCUCAAACAGAAGCAUGCCCCCUCCAAAAAGGAAGAGGUCAAAGAGAACUGGCAAGAAGUUUGGACUGUCAUUUAGUGGCCAUGUGAUAGAACAGUGAACUAACGUUUCAAAGCCCCCAAUUCUUCUCAGCACUGUUGUCAAUUCUCUGACAACUACUUCCCUCACAAAGCUGUCUGUAUUUCCUAUAAUCUGUUCUUUUUCUUUGAGACAGAGUCUCUCUAUGAUGUGUAGGAACUCAUUCUGUAAACUAGGAGGGCCUGGAGCUGAGCAAUCAGACUGCUUCUGUCUCCUGACUGCUGGGAUUAAAGAUGUUCACCAC